AUUGUACGAAGGCGAUCCGAGUCUCCCCUCUUCUUGUUCUCACUCUUUGAUUGAGACUCCUCUGCCUUGCAUUUCAUUCAGCGAGCAAGAAUUUUUACUAUAAAAGCAGACAUCUUGAACCUAUCCUUCUUCCCCUCUGAUACAUGUUGUGCUUUUCGAGAUGUGCACGCAACCUGUUUGUCAAAAGUCCUCAAAGAAAAAAUUAUAUGAUAGACCCUAUGGUCGAGGCUACUUCAAGCAACAAAAAACAAGCGUAUUACGAAGACCCAGUUGGAUUUUAUGCUCAACGAGAAGACGUAAUAUCUUGGACAUCUAAAAUCACCAAUUUGGUAAGAACGGGUCAGUCAGAAGCUGCUUUUGGCUUCUUCAAGACGAUGUUCGCAAAUGGGCACAGGCCAAAUCAUGUGACAAUGCUGAGCGUAAUAAGAGCUAUUGACGCAUUAAGCUGGGAAUCUAUGAACGAGGUGGUUCAUGGAGGAGUGAUCAAAAUGGGUUUUGAGUCAGAAGUGGCAGUUUCAACAGCUCUUCUUGGGUUUUAUUCAAAUCGUGAUAUUGGAACAGUCUGGAAGUUGUUCUAUCAGAUACCUUAUAAGGACAUUGUUCUGUGGAGUGCCAUGAUCUCCGCAUGCGUGAAGAAUGGUCAGUUUAUUGAAGCAUUGGAUCUUUUCAGAGAGAUGCAAUAUCAGGGUGUUCAACCAAACCAUGUAAGUAUUGUAAGCGUUCUACCAGCUUGUGCUGAUUCUGGGGUUAUAUCUUUGGGUAAAGAGAUUCAUGGGUUUUCAAUGAGAAGGGAUUUUUAUUCUCUGGUUAACAUUCAGAAUUCACUCAUGGAUAUGUAUUCAAAAUGUAGAAAUCUUGAGGCAUCAAUUAGAGUUUUGAAGAUGAUGAGGAAAAAGGACAUGGUAUCCUGGAGAACUGUGACUAAUGCGUGUAUCCAAAACAAUUGUCCGAGUAAAGCGUUUAAAAUUUUUUCAAGGAUGCGAUCUUUUGGAUUCGAAUUAGGCAAAACAAUGAUGCUGGCCAUUAUAGCUGCGGUACUACUGGUUGAAGAACUUUUACUUGGCUUGGCUGUUCAUUGUUAUGCACUUAAAGGUGGUUUUCUCUGUUUUAUUGCAGUUGGAACUGAAAUUCUCCAAAUGUAUGCUAAAUUUGGUCAUUUGGGGUUGGCGAAACUUAUAUUUGACGAGCUUGUUGACAAAGAUAUCAUUGCCUGGAGCGCAAUGAUCUCGGCAUACUCUCACGGUGAGGAUCCACUUAAUGCCAUUCAAACAUUUAAAAUGAUGCAAUCAACUAACGAAAAGCCUAAUGAGAUAACUUUUGUAAGUCUAGUGAAUGCUUGUUCUUCAUUGGGUGCUCAGGAGCUGGGAGAAAGUAUACAUGCUCAUAUAAUGAAAUCUGGGUGCUCAUCUAAUACACAUUUGAUGUCAGCUUUUGUUGAUCUUUACUGCACACUUGGAAGGAUAAAGCAAGGGAAACAUGUUUUUGACGAGAUUUCGACGAAAGAUUUAAUUUGUUGGAGCACAAUGAUUAAAGGGUAUGGAAUGAAUGGUUGUGGGAAUGAGGCACUCGAUACAUUUUCAGACAUGUUAAGCUGUGGUUUGAAGCCCAACGGGGUGCUCUUCGUUUCUCUUUUAUCUGCUUGUGCUCAGUGUGGAAUAGAAAAGGAAGGCUGGGUUUGGUUUCGUUCAAUGAUAGACAAGUAUAACAUUACACCAACGGUGGCACAUUAUGCUUGUAUGGUGGACUUGCUCGUUAGGCAAGGAAAAAUUAGAGAAGCUGUUGAAUUUGUGAAGAAAAUGCCAGUUGAACCUGAUACAAGGAUCUGGGGUGCUCUUUUUACUGGUUGUAAAUUAACUCAUGGGUUCCCUGACAUUGUAGAUUCUAUUGUCGAACAGCUCACCGCUAUGGAACCAAACAAUUCUAACUUUUAUGCAAUGUUGCUCGACUUCUGUGCCGAGGAAGGCAGAUGGGAAGAUGCAGACCGGGUGAGAAAACUGAUAAAUGAGAAGGGAUCAAUGAAAACGUAAUAACAAGAUCAGGUCAAAUUUCAUCAGGGAGAAGUUACAUUUUCUACUUUGUGCUGUAGACCAGUUAUUUCCCUCUUAUUCAGCUCAUGCCAAGAAAUGGGAAUAUGAGUAGAAUUCAGAAUCACAAAUGUACAAAUCGGAAUCUGAAUUACGAAGUCUGCCAUGUUCUGAGAAAAUAUCACACACAUUGGACUGAAUCUAACUGGAAAACUGAUGGAUGCAGGCAAAUUUGUCAGGUAACUCAUACACAGCUGAUUAGUAACUUCAACAUAUGCAUGUUAUUGAUGAUCAUUGAAUUUCAUUAAACGUUCUGAGUUUGUAUUGAAUUUGGAUGGAAUUUAUGGUCUUGGUAGUUUCUAUUUACUUGAAACAUCACCAUACCAUAACCUAUCUAUUUAUGGCGGAUGAAAAACACUGGAGGAUAUAGAAGAGGAUCAGAACAACUUAUAAAACUAUCAGUUAAAAACAUCUUUGGCCUUUGAAGAAGGUUCAAGCUAUCCAUACAUAAUUCAUGAAGGGCGGCGGAAUCCUUGAAGUGCUUCUUGUCAAUGCCAAAGACAUCAAACACACCAAUUUAUUUGGUACUCUCUUCUGUUAUAGGCUUGUUAUUCACUUGAAGCAAAUUUUAUUUGUAUGUCAUGUUUGUUCUGUUUUCCUGUUUUGGGGAGAGAACUGCUUUGGCCUUUUCACUCGGAUUUUUCUCGUUCAAAUUCGAGAUCUCCCUUUCUCUUUCUGAUGUCAAUGUAGAGCUUGUUAGUAUGAAAAUAUAUAUUGAUGUUUUAGGUUCCCCGGCAUAUUAUGUGACAGUAGAGUGCGGAACUCUUGAACAUAGAACCAAAGUAUCAUCAGGUAAACAUGAAAAUCCUUGGUGGAAUGAGAA